CACAUGUCAGGGCACCAAGGCCAAAGUUAACUAUACAGUAGUAGGCUAUAAAAAUGAUUAAAGUUGUAUUACACGACUAAUUAGUAAGAAACAACUAGAUUUCUACUGUAAUGUCCUGUUAAAAAUAUUUUAUGGCGCUAUUGCUGUACGACCACCAGAUGACGCCAUUUCACUGCUUGCUUUUACAUCCAAAAAAGGCCCGAAGUGCAGUGACAUUACUCCACCUUGUGGACGGUGGACAGACAUAAUGUAAUGUAGCACAUUAUACUUAUUAGAAAAGAAGCGACCGUCAUAUAAUCUUAUACUUCCUUGACAUUCGACAUUAAACGACCAUACAUUUUGGCAGUGGGCACAGUCUUGGGCUGACACUUUGCCUAAGAUUGCUCCUCAUUGCUUGAUCCAAAUUCUGUUAUUGUUGCUGUGUUGUACGGGAAUAACGUUGAUUAUCAAAGUGAAAUGGUUGCUGGCAUAAGUCAGCAGCGUUAGUUUGAGCACAUAAUUGACAUUUUGUUUACAUGUGUUGAAUGUAAGUCAAUGGGACGCGUAACUCGGUAAAUGGCGGUGACCAAAGAAUAUUUCUCCGGAUGACGUGACACAGGUGCGUACCACGUGGUACUGAAAACGAAAGUAAUGUAGGCUACUAGCGAAAAGACGAUCUCGGCGGUGGCCGUGUCAGCUAUGGGCCUAUCUUUUGUAAGAUUUUAAUAAGCUGUAAUCGGGAUUCAAGUGAGCUGAGGAUUGAUCAGACAGGAGAUCAAUCUGCAUGUGCAAUGACUGAACAAAGAACAAAUGGUGUCAUCACCUGUGGACACAAUGGCCUCAGACAAGCAUCUGAUGUUGAUGUCCAGAUGAGGGUUAAACAGCUUCAUAAAGCUGGGCUGAAGAGCAGGUUGGACAUCCUAACUGAUUCUGCAACAGUCCAAAAGGAUCAUUACAUCACAGAUGGAGGAAACGACGGGGUAUAUGAGCAACAUGAGGUUUGGCAGGUACAGUCAUUACCCAGAGGGGAGACCACAGAAGACACACCCAUCAGCUGCAAUGACAUCUUCAAGCCCUUACCUGGACAGGAGAGGCACAUCAGAACUGUGAUGACCAAAGGUGUUGCUGGCAUUGGAAAAACAGUCUCGGUGCAGAAGUUUAUUAUUGACUGGACAGAUGGGGUAGCCAAUCAGGAUGUAGAUUUUAUAUUUCCCCUUUCUUUCCGUGAGCUGAAUUUAAUCAGGGGUGAUCAGUAUAGUCUUCACAGACUCCUGCUUGACUUCCACCCUGAACUGAUGAAGUUGAAUGAUGGUGAAGUAUUCAAAGACUGUCAAGUUGUGUUCAUCUUGGAUGGUUUGGAUGAGAGUCGAUUGACUCUGGAUCUGAAACAGAACAGUAAUUUGUCUGAUGUUAAACAAAUAUCAUCGGUGGAUGUUCUGAUGACUAGCCUCAUUCAGAGAACUCUGCUUCCCUCUGCACUUAUCUGGAUAACCUCACGACCAGCAGCAGCCAGUCAGAUUCCUACUCAGUAUAUCGACCAGGUAACAGAAGUGCGAGGAUUCAAUGACUCCCAGAAGGAAGAGUACUUCAGGAAGAGAAUUAGUGAUGAGAGUCAGGCCAAAAGAAUCAUCUCACACAUUAAGGCAUCCAGGAGUCUCCACAUCAUGUGCCACGUUCCAGCAUUCUGUUGUAUCGCAGCCACUGUACUUCAGCAGAUGAUGGAAAAGGACAAUAACCAGGAAAUCCCCAAAACACUGACUGAGAUGUUCAUACAUUUCUUGCUCAUCCAAACAAAUCACAUGCAUCAAGCUGAGUGUGAAACAGAGAAACAGGUGGCCCAGAUGGACAGCCUACUGACACUGGCGGAACUGGCCUUUAAGCAUCUGGAACAUGGGAACAUGGCGCUGCAUGAAGAAGACUUCAGAGAAUACAAUACUGACAUCAAGAAAUGCUUGUUUUACCCAGGAAUCAUCAAAGAAUUGGCCUUUAAUGAGAGGAAGAUCUACUACUUCUCACAUUCGAGUGUCCAGGAGUUCCUUGCUGCUCUUCAUGUGUUCAACUAUUACAAGUGCCUGAAUGACAACUGCACUACCCUGGAGGUUUUUCUUGAGAAGACCCAUGCACCACUGGCUGAGUUCCUGGAGGAUGCGGUGAAGAAGGCAUUGGACAGCAGCAGUGGACACCUGGACCUUUUCCUGCACUUCCUGUUAGGCAUCCCUUUGGAGUCCAAUCAGAGGCUACUGCAAGACCAAUGUAUUCUCACCCACCCGAUGAACAGCUCUCCGGGCAUAAUGAAAAUUUGUCAGUAUAUAAAAGAUCUGGACAAAGAAGACAUCGCUCCGGAAAAAUACAUCAAUCUUUUCCACUGCUUAUUUGAAAUGAAGGAUCAUUCAUUGGAUGAAGAGAUUCAAGAGCUCCUGAAGUCACCGAAUGGGUUCAAGUUGUCCCCUGCUCAUUGUUCGGCCUUGGCCACUGCUCUCCUGACGUCCGAUGGACUGCCCGAUGGAUUUGACCUGAAGAAAUACAACACUUCAGAUGAAGGUCGCAGGAGACUCCUCCCUGUUAUGAGGAUUUACAGAAAGGCACGACUGACUGGCUGUAAUCUCAGUGAUACGCUUUGUAAGGCUGUGGCCUCAGUUCUGCAGUCCCCAAACCUCCUGGUCGAACUGGACUUGAGCAGCAACCCCUUUUGUGAUUCUGGAGUUCAGUGUCUCUCUGCUGGACUACGCACCUUCAACUGCAGACUGCAGACGCUAAGGCUCUCUGACUGCAAAUUGAGGACCAAGUCGUGUGAAGCUGUGGCGUCGGCUCUGAUCACAAACCCCUCGCAUCUGAGAGAGCUGGACAUUCGGUACAAUAACCAGGGAGACUCAACACUGAAGCUGCUCUCUGCCAGACUGAAGGACUACCACUGUGCACUGAAGACACUUUAUUUCUUUCCUGAAAUUAGAUUGAGGCCAGAUAUGCAGGGCUAUCCUUGUGAUCUCACCUUGGACUCAAACACGGCAAACAGAAACCUCUUGCUCUCCGAGGGGAACAGAAAGGUGACCUGUGUGAGUGAGGAGCAGCCUUAUCCUGACCACCCAGAGAGAUUCGACUACUGGUAUCAGGUUCUGUGCCGAGAGGGUCUGUCUGGACGCUGCUACUGGGAGGUGGAGUGGAGUGGCAGAGGGGUCACGCUCUGCCUGUCGUAUAGAAGCGCAUCCAGAAAGGGAGAUGGCCGUGCUACUGUGAUGGGGAAUAAUGCCAAGUCCUGGAUGGUCGACUUGAACACUCACUUAGCCUGGCACAAUGACAAACACACGGGCAUCCCAACCCCUCACGUCCAGUCCAAAAGAGUCAGAGUGGACCUGGACUGGCCGGCCGGCACUCUGUCCUUCUACAGCGUCUCCUCCUCUGACACUCUCACCCUCCUGCACACGUUCCGCUCCCCAUUCACUGAGCCCCUCUAUCCAGGGUUUGGGCUACUGGUUGGCUCCACUGUAACCCUGUGCCAGAUAACACAGGAACCUCCUUUUGUGGCAGGAACGCCAUACACAGGGUCAUACACACGGACAAACCCUCCUUAUCCGACAGGAACUCCAUACAUACAGACAAACACACGGACAAGCCCUCCUUAUCCGACAGGAACUCCAUACACACAGUCAAACACUACAUAUCCGACAGGAACUCCAUACACACAGUCAAACACUCCUUAUCCGACAGGAACUCCAUACACACAGUCAUACACACGGGCAACCCCUCCUUAUCCGACAGGAACUCCAUACACACAGUCAUACACACGGACAAAUCCACUAUAACUUUCUACAAAUGAUUACAUUGUACUGUCAGUGAUUUAUAUUGUACUGUUGGGAUGUUUCAUUAUGUAUUUAGCAUUUGCAAAAAAAAAAAAAAGAUUUGAAAUAAAAUAAUUUCAGAAUAUAUUUUAUUAUUACUUGUGUGACUCGUCACUAUAGAGAUGGCACUAAACCAGUUUACAAAUAAUAUAAUAAUUUUCUCAAGUAAGUAUUGAUUCAUCAACAAACAUAAUUCUCUCUACAAAAUCAAAUAUUAAAAGAUAACAUUAAUGUUAAUACAAGGAUGUGCCUGAAGGAGCAUUGCUGUGUAGGGGACAAGCAUAAUACCAACCAAUGAUAACACAGGACACAUACACAU